ACGUUUUGUGGGGCGUGUCGGAUCCCGCACAAUGGGCCAUGGAGUUCCCGUUCGAUGUGGAUGCGCUGUUCCCGGAGCGGAUCACCGUGCUGGACCAGCACCUGAAGCCUCCGGCCCGCCGACCCGGAACCACAACGCCGGCCCGUGUGGAUCUGCAGCAGCAAAUCAUGACUAUUGUAGAUGAGCUGGGCAAGGCUUCUGCCAAGGCGCAGCACCUCCCUGCACCCAUCACCAGCGCAAUGAGGAUGCAGAGCAAUCGCCACGUUAUUUAUAUACUAAAGGACACCUCAGCCCGACCGGCAGGGAAAGGAGCCAUCAUUGGUUUCCUCAAAGUUGGAUACAAGAAGCUCUUUGUACUGGAUGACCGUGAGGCUCACAAUGAGGUAGAACCGCUUUGUAUUCUGGACUUUUACAUCCACGAGUCAGUGCAACGGCAUGGCCACGGGCGAGAACUUUUUCAGUAUAUGUUACAGAAAGAGCGAGUGGAACCACACCAACUGGCCAUCGAUCGACCGUCACCAAAGCUGCUCAAAUUCCUGAACAAGCACUACAACCUGGAGACCACAGUCCCACAGGUGAACAACUUUGUGAUCUUCGAAGGCUUCUUUGCCCAUCAGCACCGGCCCCCCACUCCCUCUCUGAGGGCAACUCGACACUCUCGUGCUGCCGUGGCCGACCCCAUACCCGCUGCUCCAGCACGGAAGCUGCCACCAAAAAGAGCAGAGGGAGACAUUAAGCCAUACUCCUCCAGUGACAGAGAAUUCCUGAAGGAGGCUGUGGAGCCUCCUUGGCCCCUGAACAGGGCCCCUCGGCGUGCCACACCUCCAGCCCACCCACCCCCACGUUCUAGCAGCCUGGGCAACUCGCCGGAUCGGGGUCCCCUUCGGCCCUUUGUGCCAGAGCAGGAGCUGCUUCGCUCUCUGCGUCUCUGUCCCCCACACCCCACUGCACGCCUUCUGCUGGCCACGGACCCUGGAGGCAGCCCAGCCCAGCGCAGACGCACCAGGGGGCCUCCCUGGGGGCUGGUAGCCCAAAGCUGCCACUACAGCCGCCAUGGGGGAUUCAAUACCUCACUCCUGGGUACAGGCAACCAAGAACGGAAGCAGGGGGAACAGGAAGCAGAGGAUAGGUCGGCCAGUGAGGAUCAGGUCUUGUUACAGGAUGGGUCUGGGGAAGAACCUAUGCAUACGGUUGCUCCAAGGGCCCAGGCUCCACCGGCCCAGUCUUGGUCGGUGGGUGGGAACAUAAUGAACGCCAGGGUCAUUCGAAACAUGCAGGAACGCCGCAGCACCAGGCCUUGGUGACCACAGCCAAAGCUUGGCCCUCAUAAUGGAUGCAUUCAUUCAUUCACUCAUUCAUUCAACAGGCCUGUCAGCUUCAAUUCAGAUCCUUUGUAUCUUAUUUUUAACCAGAACAAUAAAAGUAUUUAUUUGUUUUCACUAUAGCUGCUGA